AUGCUGUCAAUUAUUCCGUAUUCCAGUGGCAUCGAGGUUGCUUCUGCCUUCACAAAAACUACAGGCAACAAUUCACUAACGCUUGAACAAUUUCAACAAGUUCAAUUAGGAUGGACACGUGAUCAAGUGACACAAUUUGUUGGUAGACCUGGAAAAUUGAUAACACCACAAACACCAAUAUCACCACAUAAUCGGAAUACUAUUAUUGUACACUAUCAAGGUUCAAUACCAUCGAACGUAUUGCAAAGAGAGCCUACAGUGACAUUUUCAUUUUAUAAUGGAAUUCUUUGGAAGAAGAACGAAAAACUGCUUGAUUUAACAUCAAGUUAUGUAAUAACAAGAGAUCAUUGUAAUCAGAUACAAACUGGCUCGCCAUAUCAACAAGUAAUAUUAACGCUUGGAAGUAAAGAAAAUGCUAUAGAAGAAGCGAACAUUUCGUCGAAUAAAGCAUCAAUGACUAUUCCUGUAACGAUCCCGAUUGAUUGGAUUCCACACAUGAUACUUAACCAUCCCAUAUCACUAACUCGUAUAUUAUACAUUGUCCUUACCUUGCCAUAA